AUGUUCGGAAAAAAGAGGAGAGAGCCGCUCCCUAAAGGCAGGGGCGCCGCCGCCGCCAAGCAGAUGGGCCUGUUUUUAGGUAUGGACCCUGAGGACGUGAUGACGAUGGGUGCCGAAGACUGUUUGGACGACCCGGACUUAGAGGCUGAGUUGGCUGCCAUCACUGGAGGCGAAGCUGCCCCUGUUGCUGGGGGAAGAGACAAACGCAAGGGAAGAAGCCCUCUACCCAUGGAGGACAUCGCCAAAAUGGCUGAUGAGUGCAUGCGAGACGUGGACGAAGAUGAAGACGAUGACAACGUGGAGGACGACGAAGACCUCCUGGCUGAACUGCAGGAAGUGGUCGGAGUGGGGUCUGAUGAGACCGAAGUGAUGUCUCCUUCUGUUGCAGUUUCUGUCGAACCUUCGCCGCAGGAAACGAGCACCCCUGCAGCGGCAGCUGUGCCUGGCAGCAUCCAGCACACGCUGGAGGAGAGGCUAGCCAUGUACAACACGGCGCUUCACAACGCCAAGACGGCGGGCGAGGGCGCCAAAGCCCGGCGGCUCGAACGUGGGCGAAAGACUUUGGAGUCGAUGCUGACCACAGUCAAGAAAGGCCGCCAGGUCAGCGAAGCAGACAUUCCUCCACCAGUCGCCACGGGCGCCGCCCCGGCCCGCCCUUCGGCUCCUGAGGUCAUCACUCCCGACGGCGAAGAGGAAGAACAACGCUCUUCUGCCUCCAUGCCAGUGCUUGCUGCUCAACCCUCACCGGUGGAGGCGGCUCCUUCACCGGAAGAGGCGGGUCCUUCACCUGAGGAGGCGGCUCCUUCGCCAACCACAAAUACAGACGCCGUCCCAGCGAAGGAGCGAGUGACUGCGCUGCUGCUGCAAAGGCAGCGGGAGUACAAAAUGGCUGCCCUCACAGCAAAGAAGGCGGGAGAGGCAGAGCAAGCCAUGGUUUACUUCAGGACCAGUAAGAAAUUUGAUUCAGUGAUUGACGCCUUAAAACAAGGACAAGCUGUCGACUUGAGCGGCCUGCCGCCACCUCCAGGUGAAAGUCCAGCAUCGGUCAAGCAAAACGCUGAAGUCCCCCAAAAUGCUGCCCCGGCUUCAGGCCCUCCGGCCCCCAAGGAUGCACUGGAGGCGCUGGAGCAGAGGCGAGCCAAGUACACUGAGGCCUCGGCUCAGGCCAAAGCCAGUGGUGACGAGCGCAAGGCCCGCAUGCACGACCGCAUCGCCAAGCAAUACCAGAGCGCCAUCCGAUCUCACAAAGCUGGAAAAGCAGUCAACUUUGACGAGCUCCCUGUUCCGCCAGGUUUUCCUCCCAUUCCGGGUCAUAAGUCCACAUCGGCCGAGCAGGGAUUGGUCGCCGCGCUGGAGACCGCCUCCAAGCUCUCAACCACUGAUGAUGCCGCAGAGAGUGCGGAUGAAGCAGAAGAGGAGAAGGAUGAGGAGCAGCCAAAGAAAAGCACACUAAGCGUCCCGGCAGCCUCGCGAGGUCGGAGAAGAUCGUCAUCCGCUUCACCAGAGAGAACUUCGGCAAGAGAUAUCUCACCUGCAGCAACGGAACAGCUUGCAUUUCUGGAGAGCCGUCGCAAGCAGUACUUGAAGGCGGCGCUGCACGCCAAGCAGAAAAAUGACAUGGAGCAAGCCAAGAACUUCCUGCGCACUGCCAAGAGUCUGGAGGCCAUGGCGGAGGCGGCGCGCAGCGGGAAAGCCGUGGACAUAAGCGCGGUGCCGUCGCCUCCCGGAGACGAGGACGAGGACUUUGUCCUGGUGCACCACAGUGACGUGGGGCUCUCCGAGAAGGCGGAGCAGCUCUACGCACAGCUGGCCAAGAUCCUCAGGCAGCAGCGUGAGAAAUGCUUGACUUACUCCAAGCAAUUCACCCACCUAGGGAAUGUCACGGAGACCACCAAAUUCGAGAAAAUGGCUGAGUCGUGUAAAAAGAGUAUGGAAUUUCUAAAGGCGUCUCAAGCUAAGGGUCUCCCUCCCCCCAAACAUCACUUUGAGGACAAAACUUUCCACACAGUCAGAAUGUUCCCAGAUCUCAGCAGCACAGAAAUGGUGGUGGUGAUCGUGAAAGGGAUGAAUCUCCCUGCGCCCAGUGGCAUCCAAACAAAUGACCUUGACGCCUACGUGAAGUUUGACUUCCCCUACCCGAGCACGGUCCGCGACCUCACAUCUUCAUCAUCUCCCACUUUGGAGCAGCCGCAGAGGCACAAAACGAACGUCAUCAAGAACACAAACUGUCCAGAGUACAACCAGAGCUUCAGCCUGUCAAUCAACCGCAACCACCGCGGCUUCAGAAGGGUGGUGACGUCCAAAGGCCUCAAGCUGGAGCUGCUGCACAAAGGUGGCUUCCUGCGGAGCGACAAGCCUAUCGGGACCGCGCACGUCAAGCUGGAACAGCUGGAUUCGCACAGUGAAAUCAGGGAGAUCGUCGAGGUGAUGGACGGCCGCAAGCCCACCGGCGGUCGCGUGGAAGUCCGCGUUCGUCUCCGCGAGCCUCUGAGCGGACAGGACGUACGAGCGAGCGUGGAGCGUUGGCUGGUGGUGGAGCAGUCGCAGCUUCUCGUCUAG